AUGCUGGCGUGGCUAAAGGCGAUGGAUGACCGCCUUGAAACCCGCUUUGAAGCCCGUAUGGAAGCGCUCGAGGCCAUUGUCAGACAAAGUAAUGAACUCAAUAGGCGGGCCUAUGAGAAGAGUACUAGAAGGUUAGACGACUUUGAAGCAGUGAGUAGAACAGACAACGGCUCUGUACGUAUAAAACUGGACACUCUUGUUAAGCGAGUGGACCAUAUGGCUUCAGAGCAUAGUGUCCUUCUGGCCAAAGUGGAGCAAGUUGCUGCUGCUCUCCGUGACAGCCACCGUUCUAUGCCUACGGGGUCGACGGUAACAGUGGGGCGUUUGCCACUCUGCUCUCAAGAGAGCCUGUCCAAUUUCCUCGACCGCUUUAAGUCGGACAAAGACUGUCAGCAACAAACGGUCGAUGGCUUAAUCAAGAUUUGCGGACGGAGUGCGAAAGACACUAUAAGAAGCAUUCUAUCGCGGAUUUUAGGCCCGCCCCUUAUCUUGCAAUUUACUUAUUCGGGGGCUGCUAAGAACAAAAUGUCCUUUAGUGGAAGCCCUCUGCACGCUGUAUUUUGUGGUAGGUUUACAUUUGUGUCACGACGUUCAGAGGCCGUCCGACAACAUCCUCACUUACGCAAUGUUGAUGACGACGUUGUCCGCAAUACCGUCAUAGAAUGGUUCCACGGGUCUCGGGACCGCUAUGGUGGUGUGCGCGGGAAACGAAAAGAUGUUGUCCAGGGAGGAUUCUUGGAUUUACUGAACUCUGCGAACACGGAAACCGCCACUCUUCAUGCAUGUGAACCAAGUACUUCAGAGUAUGAAAAACCCUCCAUACUUGAAGGAAUUGAUCCCAAAUAUAAUGACCAUUCGCUUAAUGAACAGUGA